AAAAAAAGCUUGAAUGAUCAAUAACUGUGAUUCUGUCUUUAUGUGUUUAGUAAGAAACUAAAAGUUUAGACAGAUAAAGUUUUUAAGAUGAUCCGGAGGAGAGAGAGGGGAGGCGUCCCUCUGACGUCAUCCUGUCCCGUCCUCGUGCGGCUGUCAACUGCUCCCUCGCGCACAAUCGAUCCAUCAAUCGAUCGGUCCACUGGUCGAUCGAUCAUCCGAAGAGCCAGCAGAGAGGAAAAUUCAUUUUGAGUUUUUUUUGUUGUUGUUGACGUUUUAACCAGGAAGAUCCUCCAGAUGAACUCUGAUAAUCCUCCUCCGUACGUCCCUCACCCCCCCGGAGGGCCCUCGGCCCCCGGCGGCCCUGCAGCGUUCAGCUCGCAGCCCGCCGCCUUCCCCGGAGCGCCGUACCAGACGUUCCCUCAGACCUACACAGGAGGAGGAGACUACGGUUACUACCACGGAGCGUCGGGGCCCCCGGGGCCCCCGGGGCCGCCGGGCCACUUCCUGACCCAGCCCGGGUACCAGGGCUACCACAGCGGGCCCCCCGGGGCCUCCUGCCCCUGGGACGGCCCCAAGACGCACAGAGAGCACACGAAACCGACGGUGUUUCUGGUGGAACGCGGUCACGACCACGAGGACGACGGCGGCUUCAUCCAGUCGUGUCUGUCGGCGUGUUCCGCCGCUCUGUGCUGCUGCUGCCUCCUGGACAUGUUCACACACAAGUUCUCAUGACCCCCAUGACCUUUGACCUCUGAGGACCUCUGACCCUUGCUUUUAGAAAAAGUUUUGUCUGAAAACUCAAAAGUUUGGUUCAAAAGUUUUUGACUGGAAUCUCAAAAGUUUUGCCUCGAAAUUGAAAAAUUUUGUCUGGAAAUUGAAAAGUUUUAUUCAAAAGUUUUGUCUGGAAGUUCAAAAAUUUUGUCUGGAAAUUGAAAAGUUUUAUUCAAAAGUUUUGUCUGGAAAUUCAAAAGUUUUCUUCAAAAGGUUUGUCUAGAAAUUUCCAAAGAAAUUGUCUAAAAAUUCUAGUUUUGUCUGGAAACUCAAAAGUUUGGUUCAAAAGUCUUUGACUUGAAUCUCAAAAGUUUUGUCUAAAAAUUAAAACGUUUUGUCUGAAAAUGUAAAAAUUUCGUCUAGAAAUUCAAAAGUUUUGUUCAAAAGUUUAAUCUAGACACUCAAAAGUCUUGUCUAGAAAUUCAAAAGUUUUUGUCUGGAAACUCAAGUUUUUUGUCUAAAAAUUCAGAAGUUUUGUCUGAAAAUUCAAAAGUGUUGACUCAAAAUUCAAAAGUUUUGACUCGAAAUUCAAAAGUUUUGUCUAAAAAUUCAAAAGUUUUUGACUGGAAACUCAAAAGUUUUGUUCAAAAGUUUUUUUUCAAAAGUUUUGUCUAGAAAUUUCGAAAAAAUUUGUCUAAAAAUUCAAAAUUUUUAUCUGAAAAUUCAAAAAUUUCGUCUAGAAAUUCAUUAGUUUUAUUCAAAAGUUUUGUCUGAAAAUUCAAAAGGUUUUGACUGGAAACUCAAAAGUUUUGUUCAAAAGUUUUGUCUAAAAUUUCCCAAAAAUGUGUCUAAAAAUGUUUUGUCUGAAAAUUCAAAAGUUUGGUUCAAAAGUCUUUGACUGGAAUCUCAAAAGUUUUGCCUCGAAAUUCAAAAGAUUUAUCUGGAAAUUCAAAAGUUUUGUCUAAAAAUUCAAAAGAUUUUGACUGGAAACUCAAAAGUUUUGUAUGAAAAUUCAAAAGUUUCAUCUAGAAAUUCAAAAGUUUUAUUGAAAAGUUUUGCCUGAAAACACAAAAGUUUUGUCUAAAAAUUCAAAACUUUCGUCUGAAAAUUUGAAAGUUUUGUCUGAAAUUUAAAAAAGUUUGGUCCAAAAUGUUUUGCCUGGAAAUUCAAAGAUUUUGUCCAUCCAUUGUAAAAAAUAUAUAUAUUUCUAUAAUACACCAACAUCCUAUCAAAAUAAAAUGCCAGAAUCACACAGAUGAAGACCUGAGAAAUAAAAAUCAAUGUCAAGACAAGAAAUUAAAACUAGAGAAAUUAAAAUGAAUACAUAAAAUUUAAAUCACCAGUGUUUGCAUACAUAGUGUUAUUCAUGUUCUAUUAGUUUCAUACUACGGCUUCAGACAAACUAAAAGAUUUCUAUAUAUAUUUUUACUUUGGAAUAAAAAAUGGUGUAUAA